UUCAUAUUUUAAUACAGAUAAAGAAACAGAUUGGGCAAUUUUUGGUGGAAUUCGUGGUGAUAGUAUGUGGACUAAUUAUAGUGUCUAUACUGCAUAUCGAGAUUGCUUUCAAUCGAAUGAUUGGAUACUAGUAAAUAGUACAAAUCCAAGAAUUAUUAGUGAUGAAGAAUUCUCUGGUACAGGUAAGAAGAAUUGA